CUGCACAAUGAGACAACGACGGGGCAGGCAGUGACUGUCGAGCUCUUCCUCACCUUCCAGCUGGUCCUGUGCAUCUUCGCUUCUACUGAUGAACGCCGGGAGGACAACCUGGGCUCUCCUGCCCUGUCCAUCGGUCUUUCUGUUGCCGUGGGGCAUCUCCUUGGGAUCCGUUACACCGGCUGCUCCAUGAAUCCCGCCAGAUCUUUUGCCCCUGCUGUGAUAGUCGGAGACUUCAGCGACCACUGGGUAAGAAAGCAGGUCUAUGUGUUGUUUUGGUGGGCUGAUUCUUCUCUUGCAGCAGCAGCCUCCAUCAUCUACAAUUACAUCCUCUUCCCGCAAGCCAAAACCUUCUCAGAGAGACUCGCCAUCUUCAAAGGCUUCGAGCCAGAGGAGGACUGGGCAGAGCGCGAGGUCCGUCGGCGGCAGUCGGUGGAGCUUCACUCCCCACAGACCCUGCCGAGGGGGAUGUCUGAGAAAGUGUAG